UCUAAAGCCUAUAUAUUCUCCAUGUUAAAUUCGGCAGGGGAGAUGUUGACAUAGCAGUUUCCAAAUUCACAAAGAAGACUCAGAAAAGAUUCUUUGGCGACCGGAGAUUCAGAACAGAACAGGAAGAUUCAGACAGUGAUGGCACGCAACAGUGGGAAUUACAGAAACCCAUGCCUGACAAUGCAUCAGCCCUGGGCUUCUCUGCUUGUUCAUGGCAUAAAGCGCAUUGAAGGAAGAUCUUGGCCUGCUCCCAUUAGAGGACGACUUUGGAUUCAUGCUGCCAGUAAGGUACCAGAACCAGAGACUAUCAGAGCAAUGGAGGAGUUUUACCGGGAGAUAUAUGCAGUUAAUGGCAUAACAGAUCUCAAGUUUCCGGAGCAUUAUCCCGUCUCAAGGCUUCUAGGUUGUGUUGAAGUGGUUGGGUGUGUCAGAUGUGAAGAGCUAGUAUGCUGGGACGAGAUUCCCGAAGGAGUGAGACUGGAAGGACAAACCGACUUUUGCUGGCUUUGUGAGAAGCCACAGAAACUCAUCGUUCCAUUUGAGAUGCGAGGAUACCAAGGAGUUUACAACUUGGAAAGGAAGGUGUACGAGGCUGCAGUUAGAGGUCUCACUCCGGUUACAUCUCCACUUCCCGUGAAAUUUCCCCUUCCCGAUUCACGGAACCCUUUCUCUUUGAAACCGGGAUCGCUUGCAUCUUCCGCCAACAACCCCAGUUCGUCCGAAACAAACAGGUCUGAGAGUCUCGCUACAGCAAUAGCUGGGGCCCGUGCAGCUGCCACGCAGUUCUCGAAGAGUAACACCUUCCAGCCCGUCAACGAGGGCUACCCGAUUUCCUCCAGGACGAGGAACGCAUCCAAGGAGCCUCAGUCGCAAAGCAAAUUUGCUGCAAGCCACAGCAGAGGAAGGUUUGAUAACUAAAUGGUGAAGUUAGGGUUUCAGAUGAAGACAUGAAUUGUGUUUUAAACUUUUUUUUUUACCAUCUUUAGUGAGAUGUACAGUGUAAGAUUGUUGAUCUGUUAGGUGAAGUUGUGUAGUAAUGCUUAGUUCCUUAUACUUGUGUGCUAUAUUUACCUUGGUGAGGAGUAAAAUGAUUCUGUAUUCAGUUUAUCUUGCUAGUAAAGCUCCUAAUAACACCAAAUUACAUGUGA